CCAAAGCCUCCCUUUCCCAAAAACCCUAAAUCUCCCAAAUUCAAUCUUCUUAAUUCUCAAAAAAAAAUACACUUCUUUACUAUUACCCAUGGCAGAAGAAGUACCAGCAACAACAGCAACAGCAUCAUUCACUCCAUACGUCCACUCCCAAACCCUAACAACCCACGAACGCGCCGUCUCCUCCGUUAAAUUCUCCUCCGAUGGUCGCCUCCUCGCUUCCGCCUCCGCCGACAAAACCCUCCGCACUUACACAAUCAACACCGACGGAAACCCCAUCGCCAAGCCCGCACGAGAAUUCUCCGGCCACGAGUACGGUAUCUCCGAUGUGGCCUUCUCUUCAGACGCGAGGUUUAUAGCCUCCGCUUCCGAUGACAAAACGUUAAAGCUGUGGGACGUUGAAACCGGCUCGUUGAUCAAGACGCUGAUCGGACACACCAAUUACGCCUUCUGUGUUAAUUUCAAUCCUCAGUCGAACAUGAUUGUAUCUGGUUCGUUCGAUGAAACGGUUCGGAUCUGGGAUGUUACUACUGGGAAGUGUUUGAAAGUUCUUCCCGCGCAUUCUGAUCCUGUUACUGCUGUUGAUUUUAAUCGAGAUGGGUCUCUUAUUGUGUCGAGUAGCUAUGAUGGGUUGUGUCGUAUAUGGGAUGCUGGCACUGGGCAUUGUAUUAAAACUUUGAUUGAUGAUGAGAAUCCUCCUGUUUCCUUUGUUAGAUUCUCUCCCAAUGGCAAGUUCAUCCUCGUUGGCACACUGGACAAUACCCUGAGGUUGUGGAACAUUUCGUCUGCGAAAUUUCUCAAAACAUACACUGGCCACGUAAACUCACAGUAUUGUGUUUCCUCUGCGUUCUCUGUCACAAAUGGAAAGCGGAUAGUCAGUGGAUCCGAGGAUAAUUGUGUAUACAUGUGGGAGUUAAACUCCAGGAAACUGCUUCAGAAACUUGAGGGUCAUACUGAGCCUGUUAUGACUGUAGCUUGCCACCCGACAGAGAAUUUGAUCGCAUCAGGCUCACUUGACAAGUCUGUAAAAAUUUGGACACAGAAGAAAGAAUGAAACAACACUAUCUCUUCAUACAUGCCUCCUACGUCAAAGCUGUAAUCAUCUUUUGCUCACUGAUCUUGUUAGAUUGAUUCUUGCCUCAUUAUGUAAAAGUCCAAUUUUUGGUUCGUGUCGAGACCGUUGUAAUAGUUUACACAAGAAGUGUGAGACCGUUGUAAUAGUUCCCUGUGUGACUCUGAACUAUUUAGGCAAGUCUAAAGGCAAAGAGAAACCCCUUGAAUCCUGCAAGUCCAAAGGGACUUGAGAGAGCGAGCAAAACACUUCAAUAGCAGGUUUUCUCUUUUCAAACAUUGUAUGUAUUAAGCUGAUGCCAUGCUUCUGUGUUUCCUACAACUCUAUUGGUCUUAAACUAUUUCAGGAUUGGAAAAAUUGUUCAUACGAA